AUGGAGGCACUGUCAAACAAGGAAUUCGAUAAUAGUGUAAUUGAAGAAAAGGAGAAGAUUUGUGAAGAUAUUUUAACUCCUCUUAAACCUGAAAAAUCGAAGAGGCACGUGAAGUCAAUUCGACAAACGGACUUUGCUCUGGACAGAAAGAAAAGCCUUUCAUUUGACUGGUCCGAGUUCGAGAAGGUUUUCGCUGAAGACCUUUCAGAGUUCAACAACAAAGCUGGGUUUGAGCGUCUCGUCUCCUUUCUGUCCGAGGUUACAAAAAUCAUUGCUAAGUAUCUGAAGUCUGAGAGAGAUGUCACCAGUAAAGUUUUGGACUUUCACCACCCACACCAGUUACGGGAGAUGAUGGAUCAUUGCUUGUACGUAGACGACCAACCACGUGACCUCGAACAGUUGCUAAGCGAUUGCAAGGAGACUCUAAAAUACUGUGUCAAAACAGCGCAUCCUCGAUUUUUGAACCAGCUUUCCACGGGUAUUGACAUUAUAGGACUCGCGGGUGAAUGGGUAACAGCUGCUGCAAACACUAACAUGUUUACGUACGAGAUCGCACCGGUUUUCACUCUGAUGGAAGAAACUGUUCUGCAGCGAAUGAAGCAACUGAUUGGUUGGUCAGAUGGUGAUGCCAUAUUUGCACCAGGUGGAGCAAUGUCAAACCUGUACGCGGUUCUGACUGCUCGUCACUUGGUCUGCCCGGACGUGAAACACGACGGAAUGUACGCCGCGAACAAACUCGCUGUCUUUACUUCAGUCCAAAGCCACUUCUCCAUCAAGAAGGCUGCUGUUCUUUUGGGCAUCGGUCUCAACAAUGUCUACAGCAUCGACACUGAUUCCAGGGGUCGGAUGGAUGUUGCAAAGCUCGAAGAAGCAAUCCAGAGGGCUAUGGCCGCAGGUGUCAGACCCCUUCUUGUGAAUGCUACUUGUGGCACCACGGUAUUGGGGGCCUAUGACCCGGUGAACGCUAUUGCAGAUGUCUGUGAGAAAUACGGCGUCUGGAUGCACAUUGAUGGUGCGUGGGGUGGGAGCGUUUUGUUCACUGAAAAAUACCGCUAUCUACUUGACGGCGUUCAUAGAGCGGAUUCUAUGACAUGGAAUCCCCAUAAGAUGAUGGGUGUCCCUCUACAGUGCUCUGCCAUAUUUAUCAAGAAACAGGGAGAGCUCGAGUCCGUGAACGAACUAGGAGCGGACUAUUUGUACCAGAAAGACAAGAUGUACGACACCUCGUACGACACAGGAGACAAGGCGAUCCAGUGCGGUCGCCAUAACGACGUCUUCAAAUUGUGGCUGAUGUGGAGGUCGAAAGGAGACGGUGGAUUCAGGGAUCAAAUUGAAAGAAAUUUUGAAAAGGCCAGGUACCUACUUGACAAGUUGAGACGUCGUGAUGAUUUUGAACUAGUGAUUGAUGAGAUCGAAGGGCCGACGGUUUGCUUCUGGUAUAUUCCGGAAAAAAUAAGAGCCAUCAAAAGUAAUCAGGACAGAUGUUUCCAUCUACACAAGCUGACUGCUACCCUGAAGGCUCUGAUGAUGGAGAAGGGUUCCAUGAUGCUGCAGUAUCAGCCGCUGGGGCAGCUGCCCAACUUUUUUCGGAUCGCGUUCUCCAACCCUGCCAUAACCACGGCCGAUCUGGAUUUCGUGGUGCAGGAGCUGGUAGAUCUCGCCGAGCAAAUUGAUUAGAGUAAACUGGUUGCCACAAUUUGACGUAUAACCGGAAUUAAAUUGUGUUACCGGUUUUAUACGUAUAGUUUGGUCAAGUAGCAAAUUUUUUAGUACAUGUUUGAUUUAAGUUUCAGACUCGUUAUAAUUUACUUUACAGUUUGUCUAGCAUUUCGAUUACAUUAUGUAUAUUUAUUAUAAGAUUGAUUAGUUUUUGCAAUGAGCAUAUUUGGAUGUCGAAGCUAUCGUUAUACUGGUCGUAUACAUUUAGUUUGCAAUAACAUCAUAUGCAUAUAGAUAGAUCUAAUAUGUACUACAUAUAAUUUUACAAAAGAAAGGUCAUGGUUAUGUUAUUGAUGAGUGUGUCUUACUUAGAUGUUCUUAUUAACAAAAAGCAUUUAGGCCAUAUUCGAAACAGUUGGGUACAAACACGUAUUAACGUUCACAGCAGAAUUGUUAAAUUCAGUUCAAUUUACUCUAAAGACUGAUUCUUGCCUGUAAAAACUUAAUUUAAUCUAGCUGUCAGCAUCCUUCACUUGUGCUUUCAUUUCAAGAUUCCGUGUGUAUGUAUUUCUUCUGCAAAACGUUUGUUUAAUUCAGAGCUGAACUGUUUUGAUCGACAUGCUAUCGCAGAUUGUGUUAAAAGGAAUGCAUUCAAAUGCUUAGUGGAAAACCCAAAGUAUCUCAUGAAAGUUGUUUGCCCUCUAAACUUAACAGUUUUUUUACAUAUGCGUUGGUACUCAUUUCCUACUAACGUGAAUAUAAAAAAAAUCAGGAUUUUAAAUUUUAAAUACGAUUGAUGUACAAUUUGAUCAUCUUUUGUGAUUGUAUAGCCUAGUUCAAUUUCUUUUUAUGGUUAACAUCAAACCAGCAUUCCCAUCAACAUUUGUUUCUUUUUUUAAGUUCGUGUGUAUGUUUUGUUCCCGUUAUCCAAAUUCAAUAUGUAUUUAUUCGUAAAUAAUAACAAUGAUUUGUUUGAAGACUAAAGUAUUUGUUCGACAAAGAUAACGUGAAAUGUCAUCAUUAUCAAAAUAAACACGGUAUUUUAACAUUAACAUGUAGAAUGCUUUACAUGUCAUGUGUAUUAAAUUAUGAAAAUUA